AUGGACGGAGUAGCUGGAAAACCAUUAAUUUUCUUCUCCCCAAACUGGAACCCAAUAUUCACGUAUGAAUCUGUAACUCUGAUUUGUAAUGUGGUUCCUAAUGCCCAAGAGAACCUGGAAUAUUCCUGGUACAGGGAUGGACAUCGGAUACCUGGGGAUCAGCAGAGACUUGUCAUUCAGUCUGCCAGUGUGUCAGACAGUGGGGAUUACCAGUGCCAGGCUGGUGCCAAUGAGAGAAGUGACUCUGUUAGACUGGAUAUUAAGUUACGUUGGCUCAUCCUGCAGGCGCCCCCUGAUGUUCAUGAAGGAGACUCCCUGUCUCUCAGGUGUCACAGUCGGACUGGAUAUUACACAAGGAACACAGUAUUUUACAAGGACAAUAAGAUCAUUGAGUCCCCAGUCAGUGAGUCUGAGUUACACAUAGGAAGAGUGGAUGUUACUGCGUCUGGAAAAUACAAGUGUAGAAAAAAUAUUUACCAAAAAAAAGCAUUUAUUGCGUAUCAAAACAUUUCCAUCUCAGGUAACAAAGAAAUUUCCAGUGGAGACUGGAGAGAAGAGAGAAGCAAGAAAGGCUUCGUCCCACCCCAUAUGAACGAAUCUAUAGUGUUUUGUGACUGCUGGAGAAAGGAUUUUGGCACCAUUAUCGGGAGAGUCCGGAAAAGGUACAGGAACUUGGGCAGGAGCAUCAUCUUGACUGUGGCAAUUCUUCCCAGCCAGGAGAUAUAA